AACAGAAAAAAAGAAAGAAGAAAGAAAUCAAUUGAUAUAAUAAAUAAGAAUAUUCACAGUGAAAUUAAAAGAAUGACACUAUCAUUAUAUUUAUAUUUAUAAUUUAUCGAAUUAAUCUUUAAACAAAUUGCAUGUUAAUCGUCUGUGUUUUAAGAUAUCCGUUCAUUAAAUUUAUUAAAAAUUGAUGUAAUUCUGAAAAAGAAAAAAAAAGAAAAAGAAAAAAAAUUGUUUCGUGGAUCGAUGUAAUCAUGUCAACUAUAAAAAAUAUUUCAUUUUUGUUGGUAGUUAAUAUUUCUAUCAAUAUAACACCGAUAGAAAUAUUCAUAUGUUUACUGUUUCCACAGAGCAUCUCAAAUCUCUUUAAUAAUAUCCAAUAUACGGUACGUAACACGCGCUUCCUGUGAUCGAUACGGUAACACCUCCCAGCAACAGGACAUCACCGCAAGCCGUUAUAAACGACCUAGACAUUAUUUUACGAAAUCAUUUUCUCUAAUUUUCAAAUCUAUUCUAUAAUUAGGAUUAUCGUUUUACACUGACACUUAUUUGAAUUUUAAAAGAAAUAAAAAACUGAAAAAAGAAAGAAGGAAAAAAAUUUUGUAAACAUAUGCAAGCUGUACGGUGGAUGUGCAGCUAAUUGCACCGCGAUACGUUAAGUCUGGCAGUACGGCAACACUCUAUUGUAAUCAUAGUAUUCCAGAAGAUCAAUUAUAUAAGAUAGAAUUCUUAAAGGAUGAUGAAAAAAUAUUUCAAUAUAUAAAAGAAAGAAAUCCACCGUUCGUUAUACCGGGGAUCGACGGUGUAUUUAUGGAGUACUCGGAAAAUGGCACGACAAUCAAACUAAGGAACGUUAGUUUUUUGGUGUCCGGUACAUAUUAUUGUGCAGCUUCUAUGUCAACUCCUAUUUAUACAAAACCUUCCGAUAAUGUACAAAUGAAAGUAAUAGUACCACAGACUGAGAAUCCGAAGAUUACAUUUGGAAAGAACGUUUAUAUGGUCGGUGACAAUUUAGAAGCAAACUGUUCGUCCUCAGCGGCGUCACCUGUUCCUCAUUUAACUUGGUUUAUAAAUGGAAAAGAGGUGGAUGUCACAUUGGUACAUCACUAUCCUCAUACUCCCCAUAGUAAACAUCUAUUAUCUGCAACUGCUAAAUUAAUGAUAGAGGUAUCUGCAUUACAUACUGGAGAUAAUGGACAUUUGGAUAUCAGUUGCCAUUCUACAAUACCAGAUUAUCCUAUGAAUCAUGAGGAGUAUGCUGAUGUUAGAAAGAAGACAGUAUCAAUUGAGAUUAGACCUACAUCUUUUGCAGUGAGGAGCAUGCACGAAUUAGCAUUGGUGACAAUAUCGUGCAUAAUUUGUGCAAAGCGCACAUUAAUUUCUUAAUACAAGUCAAUUUAUAUUUAAUAAAACUGUAAAAAUAAUAUGCGUAAGUAAAACAAAAAAAAAAAAAAAAGAAAAAAA